AUGAGUGACAGUAAAGUCUUUGUAUACUCCUCAGAAGCGUCCGAUCGUUGGAGCGAUUCAAGCGAUCAUCCAACCUCGUCAGGAGCCGCAACGUGGUCAGUCACUGCAGCAGACAGCAACGCAGAACUGAUCGUACCUCGAGUCACUUUUGACCUUGACGAUGAGCAAUUACGACGACGACAACAGCUACAACGACGCAACAAUAGUAAUACCAAUAGCACCACGACCGACAUUGGCCAUCUCUGCAUCAUGGUGUGUGGCGAUUCGGGUAUUGGCAAGACACAGUUGGUCCAGGCACUCGCUACGGCUAUGCCGGAAAUGACCACUGCAGGAACAACAGAAGAUGUGCUAUUCGAUGACUAUGCUAUCCAAGAAACACGUGUUUCAAUCGACGACAAUAAUGAUGAACAGCAGCGUCAACAGAAGACAAUCUGCUUCGUGGAUACUCCUGGAUAUGGUGCAUGCCUUGAUGCUGAAUCGGUUAUAGCAUCAGUGACCCAUUACAUUGAGCGCCAGUUUCAACGCACCAAUGCAAUGUUGAAUCCUUUGCAUGCCAACACACCAGAACUCACAAGGCUUGUCCACAAUACUCAUGGCGCGCAUACCCAUAUUGACGCCUGCGUUUACAUCGUUCUUGACAGACUUAAGCGCGUGGAUAUUGAAUACAUGCGUGCACUGCAACCUCUAUGCAACCUGAUUCCCAUUAUUCUCACGCAUACCACACAACAGCAACAACACCGAUCGUCGUCAUCAAAAGCAUCACCACCCAUAUCAUUAAUUCAACUCGAAUUUGAAGAACAAGGCAUUGAACCCUUUGAUUUAUUGUAUCCACUCAAUGAUAUCAAUUCGGUAGUACCAAUGUUCUGUGAUCGAGUUCUCUUCUGCCCAAGUCGAUUACGCCAGAUUCGUCAAAACACUGCCGAAAAGUUCGUCACAUGGCGGGCAUCACAACAUAUAGUCAUGGAACAACAGGACGAAGAUGAUCUGUCAACAACCUUAUCAGCAUCGACACUGACGACAGCAGAAACCGUGGAUAGAAUCCAUGCCCUCCGAGCUCGACAUGCCCAGAAUAUGAACUUGUUUAUCUCGCGCUAUGUCAGUGAGAAGCGCAAGUUAAUGGAACGGGACAUGUUUGAACGGGAACGUGCGCUUAGGCAGGAACUGGCGUCCGUCGAACGUCGCAAGCGUGCAGAAUUGCUGUUGACUGAACUCAAUGCGUUGUUUCAACAAGGCUCGCUCGGGGAUUUCGAUGGUGUUAUCAAGGGUUCAGCGUCACCAUUAGCAGCAGCAACAGCAACAGCCAACAAGCAGCAAAAACAACAACAGCAAAAGGAGGAAGAGCAGCAGCAGCUAUCACGUUUGCUACUGUUGUUGCUGGAAGGAUUGCAAAAGAAUAGCUUGAAAGUGGCAGCCAUGGUCUUAUUCAUUUCAAUGCAUCUGCUGUUCGAUGUGUAUCAGUGGUGGACAAAUCGUUGCUCCAACUGA